AUGCUGCCGUGCAGAAGGCUGCGCAGGUCGCACACGAGGCCAUCAUCCCAGGAACUGGCACCCUCCUCUACGAUGGGGCGGAGGUCAGCGGCACCAUCCGAACCUUCAACAAGGAUCGGGGGUACGGCUUCGUCAAUGUGGAUUGCGACGAGACUGACCUUUACUUCCACGUCAAGGACAUGCACCCAGACGACCAGCAAAAGGUCGCCCAGGGCUUCGACCUCGUGGGCAGCCGCGUUUGGUUCUGGGCCGAGAUGUUGGACAACGGCAUGA